AUGCAGGCCGCCGCCACCUUCAACCGGGCAGUCUUCACUGCCCGCCCGCUGCAUCGCCCCCAAGGCCCCUCCUCCACCUGUAUGCUCGGCUCAUUUUCAUCCUCUCGACGUGUUAGAGCUGGGGCGGAGGAUGCUUUGGAAGGAACAAGAGGCGCGCCCCUGACACGGCCCCGGUGCUUACCUUUAUCUAGGAAGCAAAACUCGGGAGGCGUUACAAAGCACACUCCUGUAUUUCCAAGACAACAAUCAUGGGAUCCCUACAAGCUUCUUGGUGUUGAUCAUUAUUCAUCUGAAGAAGAGGUCCGCAGUGCACGGAAUUUUCUUCUAAAACAAUACGCUGGAUAUGAAGAAAGUGAAGAGGCCAUUGAAGGUGCUUAUGACAAGAUAAUAAUGAAUAGCUACUCACACCGUAAGAAAUCCAAAAUCAAUCUGAAAAGCAAGCUAAAAAAGCAAGCUGAAGAAUCCCCAUCAUGGCUUAAGGCACUGCUUGGAUACAUUGAGGUGCCAUCACUAGAGAUCAUUUCAAGGAGAUUUGCUUUUUUGCGUUCUUUUCUGGGUCAACUUCUGCCGAGACUGGGCCUGCCUUUCGGCUGUAACAAAUUUUGGAGGCACGCCAUUGACAGUUUGCUUUUGCAGCUUGCACUAUCACUGGUCUCAUGCAUAUACUUCUUCAAUGAGAAGAUGAAGAAUCUUGUCAGGGCGUCCACGGUCCACCACAGGCAGUCCUCCAAAUUGGAAAUUCCUGCUGUCAUCACAAAGAAGAUCGCUCUUGCUGACAUCUCCACUGCAAAUCCAAAUCUCCUGAUAAGCGGUCCCACCUUCACAUUUUUGGUCCGAGAGAGUAUGAUGAUCUAUGCACAACUGUACCUUGUCCCAGGAAGGAUGGGCUAG